AUGUCAUCAGCUGCUGAUACACCACCGCCCUCUCCCGAGUACCUCGCAGAGACUGUAGGGCCCACCAUUCGUACUGUCACUUGGCUUUCAGUUUUUAUACCAUUUCUUCUCGUCUCUCUUCGAAUCUAUACACGACUCUUUGUACGCAAGGUAUUUGGUCUGGAUGACUGGGUCAUUACACUGGCUCUGGUUUCCCUCAUAGCAUACGGAGUCAUCAUCGAAUUAGCGGUCCAGAAAGGCCUUGGUCGACAUAUCGAAUGGGUUCUCCUCUACGUCCCUGAGAAUGCCGUUCCAAUGGCUCUCCUCGGCCAAGUAUCGCAGCCUCUGGUCAUCAUGUCGUGCGCUUUCGGCAAGGUAUCAUUCUCUAUUAGUCUGAUGCGUCUGGCAGUGCAACCGUUCAUACAUAGAUUCUUGUGGUUUAUUGUCGUUUCUAUGCUCACGUUGCAUAUUCUUAUAUCGAUCAUCAUCUUUGUCAGGUGCAAAGACCCAAGGACAACAUGGAAUCCAGCUAUAGUUAGCGAGUGUUGGGCGCCUCAUGUCUACUUGGGAGUCAUGUAUUUUAUUGGAGCCUAUUCUGCUGCUACAGACUUUAUCCUUGCUCUCUUGCCAUGGGCUAUGCUAUGGAAUCUCAACAUGAAGAGUAGGGAAAAGUUCGGUGUCGCCAUUGCUAUGAGCCUUGGUGUCUUUGCCGGAUCCAUUGCUAUCAUCAAAUGCACCAAGCUCAAAGCCAAUGCAACAAGUCGCGAUCCUACCUAUGACGUUGGUGAACUUCUCCUCACAGCUGGAGCCGAAAACGCCCUGAUUAUCAUUGCCGCCUGUCUUCCGACCCUCCGACCCAUUCUACGCAAAGUCUUCCCCUCGACAGCCAAGUCAAGCGAAAACUCUCAUCCUUUAAAGAAUAUUCCCAAUAACAUAAUGUUUGUACCAAAGCACAAGGCUGGUCAAUGGAGUGCUUUGGUUGAGACUGAGGUUCGCCCAGAAAGACACUCUGAUAAUCAGAGCGAUAGAAGUAUUCUCAAUGAACAUCGUGCAGCCAUGGAAAAUAGUCACGAGAAUACUCAGACGGCUGGUCCAUCCAGUCCACGGAUAACAAAGACCAGAGAGGUGAUUGUCUCUUAUGGUAGAUCUGAAAGUCGAUAA